GUGACAAUCAUCUGUAACCCCCGUGUUUUGCAGCCUCAGCGGAGCGCCUUCUCAGCGGCAGGCCGCCCGAAGGCCAAGAACACUUAAACUGACUGGUUCUCGCCAUGCGGUCAGGCGAGUGAGCAAGCUUCCCUGUGGGUUCUCACCACCAAGAAAGACGCAAUUGUCCGAGUCUCACACGUCAGCGCCAUGUUGGUUCCCUUCGCCUUCGCCGUGGCGGCGGCCCUGGCCGCUGCUGAUCCGCUGGCCAAGAGAGCCGCCAUCGACGACUGUCUGAGCGCCGCCAAGGUCCCCGUGGACACGCCGGACUCGGACGAGUGGAAGACCGACGCCAACCCGUUCAACCAGAGGCUGCCCUAUACCCCGGUUGCUAUCGCCGUCCCGACCACCGCGGAGCACAUCCAAGCCGCCGUCUCCUGCGCCGCCCAGGUGGGCGUCAAGGUGAACCCAAAGGCCGGCGGGCACAGCUAUGCAUCGUUUGGUCUUGGCGGGGAAGAUGGCCAUCUCGUGGUUGAGCUCGACCGCAUGGACAAUGUGACGCUGGACUCGACGACCCAAAUCGCGACGGUCCAGCCCGGAGCACGCCUGGGCCACGUCGCCACCGUUCUGUACGAGCAAGGAAAGCGGGCGUUCAGCCACGGGACCUGCCCAGGCGUGGGAGUGGCCGGUCAUUCUUUGCACGGCGGCUUUGGCUUUAGCUCGCAUUUGCAUGGGCUGGCUCUGGAUUGGAUCGCCGGGGUGACCGUCGUGCUCGCGAACGCUACCGUGGUGAACGCUUCCGAGACCGAGAACCCGGACCUCUUCUGGGCGCUGCGCGGCGCCGGUUCCAACUUCGGCAUCGUGGCAUCCUUUCAGUUCAAGACAUUCGCUGCGCCGUCCCUGGUCACCACGUUCCAAGUCGAUUUGCCCUGGAAGAAUGCUUCCUCGAUCGCGUCAGGCUGGGCGAAGCUCCAGGACUGGGUCAAGACCGACAUGCCCAAGGAGCUAAACAUGCGAAUCCUCGGCAACUCGUAUCAGACCCAACUCCAAGGCCUGUACUACGGCAACUCGAGCGCCCUGCAGAGCGCCAUGCAGCCUAUCCUCAGCAAGCUCGGCGCAAAGCUGUCCGACACGGAGGAAUCCGACUGGAUGGACGCCUUCGCGCACUACGCGUACAGCCCGACGAUCGACAUCACGGGUCCGUAUAACGCGGCCGAGACGUUCUACUCCAAGAGCCUGGUCACCUCGGCGCUCCCGAGCAGCGUGCUGCAGAAUGUGUCCAACUACUGGGUGGAGAAGGCCCGGUCGAACAGCCGGGCCUGGUACAUCAUCAUCGACAUGUUCGGCGGCGCCAACUCGGCCGUCACCAACGUCCCCGCGAACGCCACGUCCUUCGCAUUCCGCGACCCCAACUACCUCUUCCUGUACGAGUUCUACGACCGAGUCUACUUCGGAUCCUACCCGUCCAACGGCUUCUCGUUCCUCGACGACUGGGUCAACAUCUUCACCAGCGGCCUGAACACCACGCAAUGGGGCAUGUACAUCAACUACGCCGACCCGGCCAUGAGCCGGGCCCAGGCGGAAGAGGUGUACUACAGGCAGAACCUGCCUCGGCUCAAGCAGCUCAAGAAGCAGCUGGACCCCACCCAGCUCUUCGACUACCCGCAGGCCAUUGAUCCGACCACGGCAUGAUCGUGUCAGUAUCCGGGCUACGUGCCUAGGUACAUUCAUCAUGUCGAUGUGCGUUGUAAUACUUACGCCACCGUGUUGAGGCGGGGGGUUGCCGCCCGGAUAAGGUGGAUGCAGUGGUGUAAGUGGAAACAAGCAGGGUAGAUCAAAGUUGAAAUUGAAAAUGCAGCC